UCGAUUUCUCCGAAGACGAUGCCACGGCAUAUCGUUGUUCGGGGUGCAUGCUGACACGUUACUGCUCAAAAGAUUGCCAGAAGGAUGCUUGGGAAUCCGGCCAUCGUGUUCACUGCCGCAUGUUGCGUUCAGCUCUCGGCAAUCAAGAUGUACGCGAGAUCCGCAAAAGUUUACCCGUUAUUGCGAUGAUCGAGUCCUGGAUAUGCGAAGAGCGCGUCAAUGAAAUCAAGGCGCUCGACAAAGAUACGGUGAAAACAUCCCCCGACGAUCGCUCCAUCGUAGAGGUGGACUUGACCGUUUAUCCCAUCGAAUUAAACUUGUAUUCCUUGCGGGAUUAUUUCCUUGUUUGCGGCUCUCACACCUUCGAACGAGAAGUUGCUGAAUCGAUCACAACCUCAGAAGAAAGCCCAUACGAUCUGGUUGCGGUCAAGGUCAGGCUUGGGAGAGAGUAUUAUUCUUUGUUCAGCCCAGCAACCGCUUUGGGCGUCGCAUUUGGGUGGACGUCGGGCAUUCAGGGAGGACGAUACAUCCAUGACCAUCCUCAGACGCCUGAUACAUGAUAUUGUAUAAGAAGUCUAGUUUGGCACCACCGUCAACCAAGGUACAGCCACUUGCAUUUAAAGGUCCCAGAAA